AUGGCUGUGGCUGAGGUCCUGCUGCAUGGGAGGUUCACUGUCCUGAAACUCUGGCUGGGAGUGGGUCUCUUCCUUUCUGGAUGGCUCCACAUUGGGCACUCUCAACAACACAAGCACUCGGAAGUGGUAAUACCCUUGAGGUUAACCGGCACUGGGAAAGGUAUGAAGACUCCAGGCUGGCUCUCCUAUAGCCUGCACAUUGAGGGGCAGAGACACAUUAUCCACAUGAAGGUCAGAAAGCUUUUGGCAUCCAGACACUUCCCCGUGUUCACCUACACAGACGAGGGAGCUCUCCAUGAAGAUCAGCCUUUUAUCCAGGAUGACUGCCACUAUCAGGGUUAUGUGGAAGGACAGCCAGAAUCCACUGUUGCUCUUAGCUCCUGUUUCGGGGGCUUGCAAGGAAUGCUACAGAUAAAUGGCAUUGUGUAUGAAAUCAAGCCCAUAAAGUUUUCUACCACACAUGAACAUCUGAUUCAUAGACGACAUUACAAUGAGACAGAAUUCCAGUCUACAGAAUGGCAAUCAGCAGAAGAGAUAGCAGAGCAACUAGGGUUUCAAGACAGUAAGAAUCGCCCUCUUAUGCAAGAAAGCUAUGAGUGGACGUGGACCCACAGAUGGAAUGUGGAAUAUGCAGUGAUUCAAGACCAUCCACGGUUCCUUUUCCGGAAUGGCAAUAUCACAUGGAUGAUACAGGAUGCAUUUGUCGUGAUGAAUGAAGUAAAUUCCAUUUAUAGUAAAAUUGAUGUGUUUAUUGCUUUAGUUGGAUUGGAGAUUUGGAAUGAAGAAAACUACCUGUCAAAUUACACAGAUAUUACUAGAAUACUAAAUGAUUUUUGCGAUUGGAAGAUGGCGUAUUUGGAUGGCCGAAUGCCGAAUGAUGUUGCACAUAUUUGGGUGUAUUUUCAGAGUCAUCAGACAGCCGGGUCAAAGAUAGGAAGUGUAUGCAAACAGAAUAGCUGUGGAGCCGUUAACUUUUUAUUAGAUGAUAACUUAUUUGAAUUUGUACUUUUGGUGGCACAUGAGAUGGGUCAUAAUUUGAAUAUGUAUCAUGAUUACGGGACAUGUACAUGUGGGGCGCCCACUUGUAUAAUGUCUGAAGGUGUAGCUCUGUCAGAAGUAUUUAGCAACUGCAGUAUUCAUAAUUUUUUCAUAAUUGUGCAAAGAACAACCUGUAUGCGCGACACACCAAAUCGCGCGAGAUACAUAUGUGGGGACGGUCUGAUUGAUGGAAACGAGCAGUGUGACUGUGGAACCUAUAAGCAGUGUGAAAAAGAUGCCUGUUGUUUUGCAAACUGUACUCUGAAACCUGGGGCUGUCUGUGCUUCUGGGCUUUGUUGCAAGGACUGCCAGUUCAGGGAAAUAGGGGAAUUGUGUAGAGAACAGGAAAAUGAAUGUGAUCUUCCAGAGUGGUGCAACGGAACAUCACAGGAGUGUCCAGAAGAUGUCUACGUGCGAAAUGGACAGACUUGCAUGGAAACUAGCCAAUGCUACAACAAAAUAUGCCCUUCCCGGGAGAUGCAGUGCAAACAAAUUUUUGGCGAGGAAGCCAUGAAUGCAAAGGAGCUGUGCUACAGUGAAAUGAAUACCCGCGGUGAUCGUUUUGGUAAUUGUGGUAAUGAUACCGUAUCAUAUACAGCAUGUAAUACUACAGAUGUUAUGUGUGGGAGAAUUCAGUGUGACGGUGUGAGAAGAAUCAGCAUUAACGAAGACCAUACUUCCGUGCAUUGGGUUAACAUCAAUGGCACUUCUUGUUGGGGCACUGACUACCACUUCGGGAUGACCAUAGCUGACAUUGGUGAUGUGAAAGACGGUACACAGUGUAAUGAAAACUCUGUAUGUGUCAACAGGAAGUGCGCCGUUGUGGUACCUCCACUAUAUACUUGUUCACCUAAAUUCUGCCAUGAGCAUGGAGUCUGUAACAGCAAAGACCACUGCCACUGUGACUCUAAGUGGGCCCCACCCACCUGUGAACUAGAAGGUGUAGGAGGUAGUAUUGACAGUGGACCCCCUGGUAUAAAAAAAAAAAAACAAAAGCAACAAAGAAGCAUCCUUUAUAUCUGGCUACUUAUUUUGUUGAUUUUAUUAUUGCUUUUGCUUUUAUGUUUGUUCUGUUUCCUUUGCAAGAAGAGGAAAUCCUCUGAGGAAAAAGAGAAAACUGCUCCUCCACCCCAGGGAACACCUGGACCUGCCCCUCCACCCCAGGGAACACCUGGACCUGCUCCUCCACCCCCGGGAAAGCCUGGAGCUGCAGCUCCACCCCCAGGAGGGCCAGGUGCUGGACCACCACCCAAGGCAGAGAAGAGUGCUGCACCACCACCCAAGCCUGCCCAGAGUGCUUCAGCUCCCCCCAAGGCUGGGCAGAGUCCGACAGCUCCACCCAAGUGA